AUGGGCGAUAAUAACUAUUCCUCAUCUUCCCAAACGGUCGAGGCCCCGGAUGCCACGAUGGUCAUUGCUCCUACGCCCAAGUCUGCACGUCGUACGAGUUGGUUUGGAUGGCCCAAGAAAGGCCUCAGUGGUCCGCAACGGCCGAACAGUGCGCUUACGAGUGGCACUCCCUCGACAGCGACAACUAGCACAAGCACAAGCACCACGUCAUCCCCCGCAGAGGAACGGAAUUCCCCCUUUGACAACUCUCCAGUCACCCCCCCAGAAGUCAUCCUCCAGCCAUCCUCAUCCGGCGGCCUCGAUUUGUCCAUGAGCCGCACCCACUCGCUCCCAUCUGUUAACAAUAUGUCCAUGCUGACCCCUGUUUCUCCAUCCUCCCGAACCGCCGCCUCGCCUUCCCCGCUCACACGCCAACUCUCACUCACGGAACUCGACAAAAAGGCUGAACAGCUUAUUCUGACCGCAAUUGCUCGCAGCACAUCCCGCGAUGGCGCCACGGGAUCAUACAGUGUUUCCUCAUCUCCCACACAACCCACCCGAGGAGCCGAUUCGUCCCUAUCACCUCCACCAUCUGCUGGCGGUUCUUCCUCAGGCUUCAGCAAAAAGGCCAGCUUUAGCUCCUACCUCGGUUUAGGUGCACUAAGCUUGACGCGCGAGAAAACUCCCAAGCCAGGUGAUAAUGAACGAGGCCGGAAAGAUCGCGAAGACAGAGGAAGGGAGGCACGAGCUCGAUCAUCAUCGCCCUUUCGCCGAUUCUCAUUUGCCUCGAAUGCCAGUGAGGAUGGCAAUGGUAGCCGUCGUGGACGAAGCCGAGUCCUGGCGCACUUCGUUACACCCAAAGCGAUAUCGACCAAAGUCCGCAAGGGCAAGAAGCGGGCUAAAAAGGCAGCCGGUCUUGGUGAUGACUCUGCCCAAGACCAAACCGAAGAGAACCCGGAUGAUAAAGACAAGGAAGACGUUAAAGUUCCGGGCGAGCCCGACGAUGUCUCCCCCACCGAUCCAAGUACAUCUCCGUCCACCACCACCAAAGAGGGUUCCGUGCCCGCCUCGUCGACGGCCGGCGAUGAUGACACAGACUCCGACUCGGACGAAUCUUCUGGCUCAUGGGACUCGGAUGAGGAAUCCUGGUCGUCUGGCGACAUCCAAUUCGACGAUCAAACACAACUCAAUACGGCACUCAAUUCUGAAGCUCUCCAGUCCCCGGAGCUGAUGUUGGCCCAGCAAGAAGAGGCAGCAGAGUUCGAUUCGGAUCCCCUAGGCGAAGGUGUCAAUAUCGUUCAACCUACGGAGCCCGUGUUUGAAAAGACAUACUUUUCUCGCCCCGGUACAACAAACUCUACGUCUGGAUCUACCGCCGUGGGUAAAGGGAAUGGUCAAGGCGAUCAGAGCUCCGCUGGGCCAACUGAUGCGAUGGGACGUGGUCGGAAAAAGAGCAUGCGCCAUGACGCACUGGAGUUGACGACCUCUCGCCCAGUCUACGGUCCGAAUCGGUGUAUGAUUAUGCUCACGCACGGCAACCCGGACGCAGCCGAACGAGAGGGGAGACGAUAUGUUGUCGCCUCGGAUCUCAGCGAGGAGAGUAGGUAUGCUGUCGAGUGGGGGAUUGGGACCGUACUGAGGGACGGUGACGAGAUGAUCGUCGUCAAUGUUCAAGAGACCGAGAGUAAACUUGAUGAGGCUACAAACGACAAGUCUCAGAAGAUCAAAAACCAGCAGGAGCGUCAUACACUGACCUACUUGCUGUGCCGCCAAGUUACCGGGCUCCUCCAGCGGACUCGGUUGAACGUUCGCGUAUUUUGUCAGGCUAUCCAUUCAAAGAAUAGUCGCCGGAUGCUCCUAGAUUUGAUAGAUUAUACCGAACCUACCAUGGCAAUUGUCGGUUCACGAGGUCUGAACGCGCUAAAAGGGAUCCUGCUUGGAUCCACUUCGCACUAUCUUAUUCAGAAAUCUUCCGUCCCUGUCAUGGUGGCUAGACGUAGACUCAAGCGCCCGGCGAGGCGUGCCGCUCAUCUUGAGACUCACAAACGAGUCCCGAUCUCCGAGGCUGCGAUCGAUAAGGCUGGUCCAGGAAAGGCAGAACGGGACGCAGACGCUACUCGCGACCAAAUCGAGUCCGAAGAGGCGGAGGACAAGUCUUGA